UCCACGUGAUUGGAAGACAGAACACAUGAAUGGAGAGAGAAUGUUCUUCUUCCCUUCCUUUCCAUGAUUUUCUCCUUCGAUUCCUUUCUCCCUCCCUCUUCUUUGCUUCUUCAGGAAUGUAAAAGCCCCUAAACUUUUGCGGGGAAUCCUACAAUUUUCCCGGAAAAUUUCUCUGCUGGAAACUUCCUUCUGUCCUUGUGGUUGUUGAUCUCUCUGUUAAGUCGUUUUGCGUCGGUUUCAGGAGGCUACUGCGGCUGUCUGGAUCUCUGUUCUAGGGUUUCUUCGUUUUUUCCUCUCUCUCGCGAUGGAAUCGAUAGCAGAACGUUGCGGAUGAAACCCUAAAUUUGUAUACUAAUGUCAAGAUCACAUGAUCUGAUUUUGGCAAUAAUCGUCCGCAGAUAGUGGUGCGAUCAAGCCUCCGGGGAAUUCUUGAUAAUGGACAAGGAAAAAUCCCCGGCCCCCGGUGGAGGUUUGCCACCUCCUUCGGGCGGGUACUCGGCAUUUUCACCUAACGGAAGUAGCUUUGGAAUGAAAACUGAGUCGUCAUUUCCUCCUUUGGUUCCGAGUUCAAGCUCAGAUAUUGGUGCUUUUGGCCAUGGAUCAGAUUCUAGCCGAUUUAGCCAUGACAUUAGCCGCAUGCCCGAUAACCCACCUAAGAAUCUGGGUCAUCGGCGAGCUCAUUCAGAAAUACUUACUCUCCCAGAUGAUCUAAGCUUUGAUAGUGAUCUUGGUGUGGUUGGUGGUGCUGAUGGACCUUCAUUCUCUGAUGAAACGGAAGAGGACUUACUUUUUAUGUAUCUUGAUAUGGAUAAGUUCAAUUCUUCGGCGACAUCUUCGUCUCAAAUGGGUGAUCCUUCUGAACAUGCUGGGAGGAUUGAAGGAACACAGACAGGGUCGGCGAAUUUGGCUACUUCCUCCAAUCCUGAGACCAUGCUUGCUGGUUCCAGUGAAAGGCCGAGAAUCAGGCACCAACACAGCCAAUCGAUGGAUGGUUCAACGACUAUCAAGCCCGAGAUGCUGAUGUCUGGGGCUGAAGAAGCGUCCCCAUCUGACCCUAAGAAAGCCAUGUCUGCUGCUAAACUCGCUGAGCUUGCUCUCAUUGAUCCAAAACGUGCUAAGAGGAUAUGGGCAAACAGGCAAUCUGCAGCAAGGUCAAAGGAAAGGAAGAUGAGAUACAUUGCAGAACUUGAAAGAAAAGUACAAACUUUACAAACAGAGGCAACAUCCCUCUCAGCUCAGUUGACUCUACUACAGAGAGACACAAAUGGACUCACUGUUGAAAAUAAUGAGCUGAAACUGCGCUUACAAACAAUGGAGCAACAGGUUCACUUGCAAGAUGCAUUAAAUGACGCGUUAAAGGAGGAAAUCCAGCAUCUUAAGGUGCUGACAGGCCCAGUUGUUCCAAACGGUGCAUCGAUGAUGAACUAUGGUUCUUAUGGAUCGAACCAGCAAUUAUAUCACAACAAUCAGUCGAUGCACACACUCUUAGCAGCACAACAAUUCCAGCAGCUCCAGAUUCAUUCACAGAAGCAGCAACAACAACAGCAGCAACAGUUUCAGUUUCAGCAACAACAACUGCAUCAUCUUCGGCAGCAGGAGCAACAAAGUGGGUUUGCGGAUUUGAGAAGAUCAAUGCCUUCUCCGAGCCAGAAAGAGAGUGGAUCAUCAUCUGAUCUCAAGGCUCCCAAGAUGAAGGACAAGGGUAUCUGAUGCUCGGUCCAGAAAGGCUGGAUUCGGGGAUGACCAUUGGUGCCAAUGGCAGAAGCAUUUUGGGAGAAAACAUAAAGAGAGACAGAGAAGUUAAGAGGGAGAGGCUGGUGUAUGUUUAGUUGAUGAUGGUGAUAUAUCUUUGUUCUUUUCGGUAUCACUUUUCGUUGGGUAAUUUUUGUUCUUCCCUGUUUGUAAUGGACGGUGACGAGUACCUUAGGGUCCUAAGAUUAAGUUUGUAUGAUCCUUGUCGGCUCUAUGCAUUUUGAAAGUUUCUUGCA